UGGUUCAAUUCAAUUUCGAUAAAAACACAAUUUAUAAAAUGGCUUGUGUCGCUAAAAAUUCUAAAACUAUGUUAAUUUACUUGUUGGUUGGUUGUUUUUUCCAGCUGGGCAACGUUCACACUACACCCGUGCCUGCAGGUUCCCAAUCGACGAAACCUCCAACCACACCAAGUAAAACGGCCUCGAAUGUGUCGGACAAGACGCCAAUAAAUAAUGUGGAGAACGUCGGUGAAAUUUUUAAGUCACUGAUCAARAACACUAGAUCGACGGUAUCGGACUUUACUAGUGAAACCAAUAAAUCAUUGGAGGAGAUUGCCCAAGCCGGUGGCCGGGCCACGCUUGCUCUGGGAUACCUGGUGAGUCAGCUUUUUGACGGAAUCAGCGCCACCGUGGCCACCGGUAGUGGUUACUUGGCCAACGGCAUCAGGAGCAUUGACGACAUCGUUGGAGAUUUGCCGGUCGUGGGCAUGGUCACUGGCACCCUCGACGCAGUUACUUCACACGUGUCUAACGCCGUCGGCGAAAUGUCCGCCAACGGCAGGAAAACUAGGAAAAGUAUGUUCGAUGGCCUACGCGAACAGCUUAACCGAAGCAGCAGUCGUCUGUCAAGUACCGAAAAUUCUAGCACCAACUCCACCUAAAACAUGUAGCGGUUUGCUACAAUUUAGGCAUCACAUAUCGUUAUAAUGUUAAAAAAUGUAUUUAAGUAAAAAAACAAAAAAAAAUCCAAAACUCGAUUUUCGUAACUUAGUAGUCACUUGUCCUAAAAAUUGUUAUUUAAUAUGUUUUAUAAUUCCGUAACAGUUGGUCGUAUGGGCAGUAUGUAGUUAUAACAUUAUUGAACUAUCAAAAUCGUGGACAUACAGACAUUUCUUACACACAUAAGAGUUAGAUGCCUACCCAAUAAACCUCCGAAAUUAUUAUUAUUUAUUGCGAACUUAUUUUAAUUUACAUGAACAUGGCCCUCUGGGUAGAGCUCCAUAUACCAACCAUGGACCCAUACAUUUACAACUGCAUUMCACUUGGGUACUUACUAUCUAGUAUCUAUAUACGUGAAACGCAAUACCUUAAAACCACAGAUUUUAAUAUUUUUAACAUAUAUUCUCUAUAGUAAAUCUAAGUAACCCAAUGAAAAACUACCGUGUAAUAUUUUUAACUGUUGAGUUCAUUAUACAUCCACUAUUUGUUACUAAAUAAAAAUAAUUGUAUUUAUUUAUACUAAUCUUAGUAAUCUUAAAUAGGUAGUUAAAAUAAUA